AUGGAAAUGCAUACGGGUAUGACCUAUUACAAUAAUGAACAAGAUGGAACAGCCUUGGUAACAAAAACCUUGGAAUCUACAAAUCACCUGACUCCGCUGCAUAUCCCCCCGGGCCCACCUAUAUCACCAGAAAGAUAUGAAGAGCUAAGGGAAAUAUUCCAGCUGCGCAAGCCCAUCUUGAAAGGAGAACAAGAAUCUGAACCGCUAUUGCCAGAAGCCCACAGAAUCUACGAGCCACCUUACAAGUUUGAUCAGCAACACCAGUACUAUGGCAGAGAUGCCCCACUAAGAUAUGAGAAGUAUCUAAGGAACAAGUCGCCCGACAAUCAGGAGACUCGUCUUGUGGCCGGCCGUCACCGGCCACUUCAUCCUUACGUCCACAAUAACAUCAACAUCACAGAGGGGGGCCGCAAGAUGACUUCCAAACCCCCGGAGCUUGACAUUUCGUACAGAGCUGCCAACAUGCUGGAAAAUGUCAAAAAGGCCCUCUGGUUGUCGACUUACAAGCGUGACUACACAGGUAAAGGUUCUAUGAAACCCUUGCUGCUGGAUGACCAUGAUUCCAAGAUGAUUGGCAGAGCAACUGGAGAACUGGGCAAGGACGUUGAACUUAGAGAAUCAUUUCCGCCAGCUGAGAUUCAAGUAAGACCAUUAGAAGGACAUAUUGCUUGCGCACUUCCAGGAAGACCAAUUCGCCCCUAUGACCUCCAGCAGCAGGAUCCUGGCUUCGUUUGUGAGCACCCGCCUCUAUGGACAGGCGAUUCACUCAUACGCAAAUGUUUAGAUGUGGUGCAGAGCGGCGGUAGGCAAAUGCCUCCGGAAACAGACAGUGGAGGAAAGGCUGAGGACUUCCAACAAAAUCAGAUCGAUCGUCCGGUAGGUAACCCGAGAGAAAGCAUGAAACAUACGAAACUUCCGUGGAGCAGGUUUCGGAAAAUUACAGAUACUUGGAAGACGGAGAAGUUAUAUCAAAGGCAGCUUGCUGUUCCCCCCGAACCAGAGAUUGUUCUGAAGCCCGCUGAAUCCAUUCGCUACGAAGAUCUGCCCCCCUCCCGCAUAGGCAAUUACAUUGUGUGGCACCAUCCCAUCAGCCUGUCUAAACCAGGCCAAAUAGAGGCGAGCUUUGGAACAUGUGACGACAUACCGGCUGUUCAAGGUGUUCCUACUGUGUUCACAGGGAUCGAAAGCAAAUCCGGUUUCCCGGAAUGGAUUCCUAACUGCGGGAUAGCUCGGCCUCAAACAAAACUAAACGAUAUGCAAUAUUGUUUUAGGAAGGGCGAAGCCAUCAAGCGCCUGAGUGAUCUAACUAGAGGAGGAAUGAGGGACCUGAGGGAUCACGACAGGAAAGGCAGAAGGCACAAAUUCUACGGCGUGAAUGCCUAUCACUAUAACUGA